AUCACUCACUCACUUGAAAACUUCUUCACUUCCCCUGUUAUCCGUUCCAAUUUGUGCGUAUUUCUCUUGAAAUUAUCGUUAUGCUUCUCAAAAUCCCUCCCACCCUCAACUUCUUCAACAGCGCCGCCGACAAUAAUCUCGGCUGUUUUCCGUUCUCAUCUUCUUCUCUUUCGACGCCGUCGCCCGUCGUUUGUGCGGCGGUGAAAGGUGGUUCUUCGAACCAUAGCCCACUUGCUGGAGUUGUGUUUGAACCAUUUGAGGAGGUGAAGAAGGAGCUCAGUCUUGUCCCCUCUCUUCCUCAACAAUCUCUUGCUCGCCAGAAAUAUGCUGACGAAUCUGAAGCUUCCAUCAACGAACAGAUCAAUGUUGAGUACAAUGUUUCCUAUGUAUACCAUGCUCUGUAUGCCUACUUUGAUCGGGACAAUGUUGCUCUCAGGGGUUUAGCCAAAUUCUUUAAGGAGUCUAGCGAAGAGGAAAGAGAGCAUGCAGAGAAAUUCAUGGAGUACCAGAACAAAAGAGGUGGAAAAGUGAAGCUGAAUUCUAUUUUAAUGCCGUUAUCUGAGUUUGAUCAUGAAGAGAAAGGAGAUGCAUUGUAUGCCAUGGAGCUUGCUUUGUCAUUGGAGAAGUUAACAAAUGAGAAACUCCUAAACCUCCAUGAGGUAGCCAACAGGAACAAUGAUGUGCAAUUAGCCGAUUUUGUAGAAAGUGAAUUUCUCGGUGAACAGGUUGAAGCAAUCAAAAAGAUAUCCGAGUAUGUUGCUCAACUAAGAAGAGUUGGCAAAGGACAUGGUGUUUGGCAUUUUGAUCAGAUGCUUCUGAAUGAAGGUGCUGCUGCAUGAUGAAGAAAAGUUUCUUGUUUCUAGUGUUAAGGAUAUCAUCAAGUUGUAGGUUUAGAGAUGGUGUGUGAUUUUUGUUUUUCAGUAACUUUUUUAUGUAGUGGAGACCUAGAAACCUUCUAUAAAAAAAAGUAUGCAAUAUCAUGUCAUGUGGUUGCAAUUGCAAUACUAUCUUUCUCAUUAAUGUAAUGAACUAAACCUGGUAUCACUUUUGUGAUCUACUU